GAUCUUGAUGCAUUUUGAAAUUGUGUUUGUGGGUGUUUGGCAUAGUUUGAGCUUUGAACAUGUUGAUGUGACGGUUGUAGUUGCCGAGGGCAAGGAUGAUGGUGAUGGAGAUUCAGUUGAUGACACAGAAUAUUAUUCUUGGAAUGAACUGAGACUUCAUCCCCUACUCAUGAAAUCAAUAUACAGGCUGAAGUUCAAAGAACCAACACCUAUACAGAAAGCUUGCAUUCCUGCAGCUGCUCAUCAAGGAAAGGAUGUUGCUGGUGCUGCAGAGACUGGAUCUGGAAAAACACUUGCUUUUGGUUUGCCCAUUUUGCAACGUCUUCUUGAAGAACGAGAAAAAACUGACACGCUGCUUGCUGAAAAUGGAGAGGCGGAUGAAAAAAUUGCUUCAAGUGGUCUUUUACGGGCCCUGAUUAUUACUCCUACUAGAGAGCUUGCACUUCAGGUCACUGAUCAUCUCAAAGUUGUGGCCAAAGGCACUAAUAUAAGGGUGGUUCCUAUUGUUGGUGGCAUGUCAACAGAAAAGCAGGAAAGACUUCUGAAAACAAGGCCUGAGGUUGUUGUUGGAACUCCAGGGAGGCUAUGGGAACUUAUGUCAGGUGGAGAAAUUCAUCUUGUUGAGCUGCAUUCAUUGUCCUUCUUUGUGCUGGAUGAGGCUGAUCGCAUGAUAGAGAAUGGUCAUUUUCAUGAGUUGCGGUCCAUAAUUGACAUGCUUCCUGUUACCGCCGGAUCAAUUGAAGGGCAUUCUCAGAGUACAGAUAAUUGUGUGACAGUUUCGAGCUUCCAAAGAAAGAAGAGGCAAACUUUUGUGUUUUCUGCAACUAUUGCCCUCUCUGCUGAUUUCCGGAAAAAGCUAAAGCGUGGAUCACUAAAAUCCCAACCAAAUGAUGCAAUAAAUUCAAUAGAAGCUCUUUCUGAACGAGCAGGAAUGAGAGCCAACGCUGCUAUUGUUGAUCUGACAAAUGUGUCAAUUGUAGCAAAUAAACUUGAGGAGUCGUGUAUUGAAUGCAGGGAAGAAGAUAAAGAUGCCUAUUUGUAUUACAUUCUAAGUGUUCAUGGACAAGGCCGCACAAUUGUCUUUUGUACAUCAAUUGCAUCUUUACGACAUAUUUCUGCUCUCUUGCGCAUUCUCAGCAUUAAUGUUUGGACUCUUCAUGCCCAGAUGCAGCAGCGAGCACGCUUGAAGGCAGUUGAUCGUUUUCGCACAAAUGAGCAUGGUAUACUUGUUGCCACUGAUGUUGCUGCAAGAGGCCUCGAUAUUCCUGGUGUCCGAACUGUUGUUCACUACCAACUUCCACAUUCAGCAGAAGUCUAUGUUCAUAGAAGUGGAAGAACUGCUAGAGCCUCUUCUGAUGGAUGUAGCAUUGCUUUAAUCUCGUCAAAUGAUACAUCAAAAUUUGCUGCUUUGUGCAAGUCAUUUUCAAAGUUGAGGGACGGUCUAAGAAGAAAGUCAGUCGAAUGGCAUGCCUCACCCUUCUGGGGUGGGGACUUUGAUACUACUUCGGUCGCCACUAAGGAAAACCCUUUGAUUGCGGAUUGUAGAUUUGGAGCACAAUUUGUUGUUUGUGUCUAUAUUUGGGUUCAUAUGGUUUUUGUCUGGCCAGGGACUAGAAAUGUUGCUCUUCCUAAACUCUAA